AUGUGUUAGAUUAUAAAGAAUGUAAUACUAUAUAUAUAUUAUAUUAUGAUUAGAUAGUAACUGUAGCAGAACAUGAACUAUUAUAAAUGAUAUUAAGCGAUUAAAAUUAUUUAUUUAUAUUUGGUGCAUUAGAAUGUAAGAAAUAUAUAAUGAAAAAUAGAUGAUUAUGAGAUGAAUAGAAAGAAUUUUGUAUCCCACCGUUAGUUUUUAGAGAAGGAUUUGUAAUUCUUGCAAGUAGUCCAAAUAAAGAAUAAAGAGAGACUUAAAACCAUUCAUUUCAUAUAUCGACUGUAGUACUUGUGCGAUUGUGGUUUAGCCUACUACAUUGACGACUAUCAGUCGAUGUUUAUUAAGAUAGUUUUAAAGUAAUCAAAAUCAUGAUAGAUUAUAAAGAGUUGUUAUGCUGACCUCUUUAAAUACAUAGAAAGUUCGAAAGAUUUUUUGAUUGAAGUUAUUGACCAAUUCAGAAAUUUCAAUUUCUUAGCUUUACGGUUCCUUAUUGAGAUAUGUUAAGUCUUUAAGGAAUUUCCUGAUGUAUAAAUUUGAUUCAUUUUUUAUUAGUUAAAUAAAUUAGUGAUUUAUUAAAAAUUAAGUGAAUAUGGUUUAUAUGAUAUUAUCGAAGAUUAUAUAAAUGAUUCACUUAAAGGAUUUGAGAAAUAAAAAGCAAAAUUAAAGAAACUUAAUUUAAAGAUAUCUGUAAUAGAUUAAUUAUAUUUAUAAAGGAUGAUAUAUUUACUAAAAUUCCAAACAUGAUUCUAGAAUUGUUAAUUGUUUGUUUAUAACAUUUUCCUAAAAAUUUUAGAUAAUAUCUUAUAAGUGAGCAUCAAUAAGUCCUCAAAUAUCCAUUGUUCAAUAACAUUGUAGAUAAUUCAUUUCAAAGUGAGUUGUAUAUGGAAAUCCUGAAAUUAUUGAUAGAAAAUAAUUCAGAUGAAUAGAAUAAAACCAUAGAUUUUUUUUUAUUUUAAUUCUAUCCAAAAAUAGCAUCUUAAAUUUCAAAUAUAUCAACAAAUGAAUACAAAUAACAAUUUUUAGAAAUUACUUUAGGUUUGGUUAGAACCUUAAAACCUUAAAUAAAGGAAACUGUGAGUUAAAAUAAAGUGAUAUAAAAAUUUGGAUUUAUUCUAUAAGAAAAUUAGAAGAUGUUGCAAAUUAAGUGUUUACAAAUAAUUAAAUUAUUAUGUUUAUUUAGAGAUGAAGAUAUUAAUAAUGAAAUCAUAAUGAUCCUCCCUAAUUUAAUAAAUGUUAUUUUAUCCUAUAAAGGUUUAAGAGAGAAUUUACUAUUUUCUUAAUAAUUAGAGAUAAUCAAGAUUAUUUAUGAAGGUCUAAGUUAAAAAUUGAUAACAUCAUUAGUAAAUAUUUAUUAAUAUAAAAUAUAGGAAGAUGAAUUGAAAAAGAGAGAAAAUCAUAUAAAUUAUAAAAGAAUUUUUGAUAUUUUCAAAAAUUUAAAAAACAAUUGUAAUUAAUAAACCUCACCUCAAAAUCAGAUUUAACCUAGAUAUAAUGUAAUUGGUGAUGAAAUAGAUUUAUUCAAAUCAGUUUAAGCACAUAACACGAAUCAUAUUAUAAAAGCUUAAAAGAAACUAAUCGAUAAAGAAAAAGAACUUGAUUAGAUAUCCAAAAAAAUAAAGAUUGAUUGA